AUGUCUCAGUGUAAAGUUAUGCAGAGCAUCGGAGUCCUGGCCUACAUAAUGCUGACGGGAAUCUCUCCAUUCCUGGGUGACGACAAACAGGAGACGUUUCUCAACAUCUCUCGGCUGAAUGUGAGCUACAAUGCUGAGGAGCUGCAGCAGCUGGACCGCGCCGCCCUGUCGUUCAUCCAGAUGCUGCUGCGCAGACGGCCUCAAGAGCGGGCCACGGCAGAGCAGUGCCUCACACACCCCUGGCUUCAGAGGACUGGGCCCCCGAUGGAGGAAAAACCAGAGAGGUCCAGCAUCAGCAGCCGGGCGCCUGGCCGCAGCACAGAUGAAGAUCCAGAGGAAGGAGGGGCGGUGACUGAGGAGCUGAUUGUCAUGGCGGCCUACACCUUAGGUCAGUGCCGCCAGUCAUCCAGCUCGUCCUCUGAAGAGGCGGUGGAGCAGAAGGCCAUCACCUCUAAACGCUUCAAGUUUGAGGAGCCAUUCAGCGUCCUGCAGGAGGUCCCUGGAGAAUUCAUCUACUGACCAGAAACCUUUUUAUUAAACCAAGAUUUUAUCUGAAUCUUUUAUUUAACUUGCUCGAUUUAAGUGACUUUUUAUUGGUUCCCUUCCUCAUAUUUUUUCCCAAUAAUGCACCAGAAGACGACCAAUCAGCGAACAGGACGUCCAGAACAAAGGCUUCAGAUUGGACGUGUUUGUUCCCAGUGGUGCUGCAGGUUCUGGAGAUGCUAAAGGAGGUUUUCGUUAAAAUCCAGUUUAGUUACAGACGACCUAAGAGGAACAGGAAACUUAUUUUAAAGUCACUAAACUGUCAGCAAAAACAUGGCAGCCUGAUGGGAGCAGACCAUCGUUCUGAUCUGCCCAGUUACUAAAAUCCAGCUUGUGUUUAUUAUCUAAUCAAACCCGUUAAAUUAGUUUUUUAUGUUAAACUUAGCUGUUAAAUAAAAAAAUUUUUAGUCUCAGCUUAACAGAACCAAGCUUAACCGCUAAGGCAGCAUACCUGAAAGGCUUUGUUUCUGCUGUAAGCAAAGAGGACGGUUUGUUAAAGGAAGGUUGAAUAAAAAGAAGUGAAAAACAUCUUGACCUAAAAAAGGGGUUCUAGAUUCACUUUUCUUUUUUCUAAGGUUUUAUUUCAAUUUUUUUCCCCUCUAAGUUUUGUUUUCAAAAAGGUUUUAUGGCUGUUAUUUUUUUUUUUUUUUUCAAAUUUCUCCUUUUUUUUAGAUUCUAAGGAUCUUAAGGUUCACAUUCUGUUCACUUUAAGCAAAAAUCAAACAUUUGCUUUUAGUGAACAUUAAAAAUGUCUUUGCUGAUGUCUAUGAAAAGCUUCUUGGCUCCACUGUUCAGAGGAGAACACAACACGAGCCGUACUUCUGAAAAAGAGAAAUAAAACUACAUUAUAU